AGUAAUCAUUUGUUCAGAUUCAAGCUUGUCACUAACCACUUUAUAGUACGGUUAUUCAGACAACAGACCAGACAUUUUGAUAGAAGUACAACAAACAUUAUGUAGAAUUCAAAUGAUGGGUUUUACAGUAAUAUUUUUAUGGGUACUGGCACAUAUUGGUAUCAAGGGAAAUGAAAUGGCAGAUAAGGUUGCAAAGGAGGCCACAAACAAUAAUCAUAUUGAUUUGGCAGUUCCCUUCAGCAAGACAGAAAUCAAGAGCAUUAUUAAGCAGAGUUUGAAGGAAAGGUGGCAAAAGCAAUGGGAGGAAGAGAAGAAAGGAUGAUGGUUUUACAGAGUUCAUAGGAUAUCGGGGGAAAUGAGGUGUGCAGGAAGGAACAGAAGAGAGGCGAGGAAUAGGUAAACAUAAUAAGGCAGAUAUAAAUGCUGUGGGAAAGAAGAGACAGUAGAGCAUGUUAUGCUACACUGCGAGGAAUAUGAGGUAGAGAGAAGGCAUCUGAUUCAAAACCUCAAAAAGAUAACAGUAAACUUUUACCAAAUAGAUAUUCUUCAAAAAAAAAACCUCAAGAAAUGAGCGUUAUGGAAUCCUAUUUCAGUAUCUUAGUCAAACUAAUUUGAUUGAGAAGAUAUUAUAAGAUAUAUAAGUUCUUUAUGAAUAUUGUAAAUACUAGACAUUCUGAUCCACAGUCCUUCCCAGUUGGUAGCGGUAAGGCGCCAAUUCGUUGUUUGCCAACCGCUAAUAAACCUCAAAACAGAAGAAGAAGAAGAACAUCCAGCGGAAGUAAACAACAAAGGAGCUAGUCACGUUAGCUAAUUGGUGUCCUAUGCGUGGAAGAAGUCUCUCAGCAGGACAAUGAGACGUGAUUAAGCAACAAUGUCUUCAGUUGAGUGUUUGAGAGAGUUAAUCAACGAGCGACUAACUGCUGCUGCUGAAGAAAUAUUCGUAGUUUUUCAAAAAACUAUCGUCGAGUACGAGGAUGAGAUCGAUCGUCAACGCAGACUGCUGGAUAUCGUUUGGAAACCCGAAAUAAAGUUACACAGGAUAGAGCUCCCACAGCAACAUGUCUGUAAGGAGGAGGAGGUUCUCGUUGACCAGCAGCUCUGUAACCAGGAGAGGAACUUCAGUCUGGACCAAGAGGACCCAGAGCCUCCACAGAUUAAAGAGGAACAGGAGGAGCUCUACACCAGUCUGGACGCAGAACAAGUGGUGCUGAAGCAGGAGACUGAAACCUUCAUGUUGACUCCUACUUUUGAGGAAGGUGACAACAAUAAAGACCAGACUCUGGACUUGAGUCCUGAUGAAACUCACAACUCUAAUGUAGCUGCGAGCCAAGAUCGAAAAGGAGGCAAGCAUGAAGACUUAGGAUCAACUAGAAAUGCACAGCUGAAACCGAAUAAGAGACUUGACAAAAGCAAAAGUCACAUUAAGAAUGAAGACAACUCUAACUCAUUAAAGAUUCACAGUAAUACUUAUACAGGGAAAAAGUCUUUAAAAUGCGAUAGUUGUGGGAAAACUUUUAAGUGCAAGUCCAAAUUGCACACACAUAUGAGAGUCCACACAGGUGAGAAGCCGUUCUCAUGUAACACCUGUGGGAGAAGAUUUAGUGAAAAGGCAAAAGUAAAUAGGCAUAUGAGAACACACACAGGUGAGAAGCCGCAUUCAUGUAACAGUUGUGAAAAAAGAUUCUCUCGACUGGGUGCAUUAAAAGUGCAUAUGAGGGUCCACACAGGUGAGAAGCCGUACCCCUGCAACACCUGUGGGAAAACAUUCUCUCAGCUGGACACAUUAAAAGUGCAUUUGAGAAUCCACACAGGUGAGAAGCCGUAUCCCUGCAACACCUGUGGGAAAAGAUUCUCUUAUUUGGGUGCAUUAAAAGUGCAUAUGAGAGUCCACACAGGUGAGAAGCCGUACUCCUGCAACACCUGUGGGAAAACAUUCUCUCAGCUGGACACAUUAAAAGUACAUUUGAGAAUCCACACAGGUGAGAAGCCGUAUCCCUGCAACACUUGUGGGAAAAGAUUCUCUCAUCUGGAAACAUUAAAAGUGCAUAUGAGGAUCCACACAGGUGAGAAGCCGUACCCAUGUAACACAUGUGAGAAAAAAUUCUCUGAUCUGGGCUCAUUAAAAGUGCAUAUGAGAAUACACACAGGCGUGAAACCGUACCCCUGCAAAAUCUGUGGGAAAAGAUUUAAUGAGAAGACGACCAUGAAAAGGCAUAUAAGAAUACACACAGGGGAGAAGCCGUACAGUUGCAAAACUUGUGGGAAAGAUUUCAAACGUAGAUAUAACUUGAAGAUCCACAUGAGAAUACACGCAGUGGGAAAUGAUUCUGUCAGAUGUCAGACUUGAAAAGGCACAUAAGAAUUCAUCCAGAUGAGAAACAGUCUCAUUGCAAAACAUUAGGGAGAGCUUUGUGGUGACUUUACAAUGUACAUGAGAAGAACCUACUACAAUAUGGAAAAACUUGUCAUAUGUCUGAAUUGGAAAAGCAUAUGAAUCCCCACAAACUAGUAGCCUUGUAUUUGUGAAACGUUGCAGAGGAUUCAGUUGUAGUGAUUCAUGGAUAAAACACACAAGAACACAUGAUUGCAGCACAUGUUGACAAAAAACAAUAGAUAAAGAGGACAAACAAUUGAGCUGAAACUCUUGUAGGCAAGUGUUCACCAUUAUAUUUAUAAAUGAAUGUAAAAUAUUCUCCAUGAAGAAGAGUUCAGAAUCUCUUCAUGGAAGUUGUGCAUUGUCAACAGUGUAAUUAAGUGUUGUUAAACUAAACCCUUGUUUUUUUUUAUUAUUCAUGUUACUGUAACUACUAAUGUUACUGUUCACAAGACCAUUUUAUUGACAAAGUUAUGGUGCGAUGUUGGUGGUCAAAUAUGGUGCCAGUGUUAUAGUUUUAAAAAACGAGAAUUGAUAUUUAUGAAGUAUUUCAGAAUAGUCCAGGUACUACACGUAAUACUUGAUAUUUACAAAUUAAGCUUCCUAUAGGCUACACCUUUCCAGGAAAUCAGAGUUUACAUUUGAGAGUGAUCGACAUUGCUGUUUUAUUUUACCAUAUAAGUCACAGUAGAUUAGAAUUUGUUUUGGCUAAAAUCACAACUUCACAAUCACAACCAAUAGAGCAGGGUUGUGAAUUAAUUUAUUUAUUUUCGGUACUUCCCUAAACUUGAGCUGUAGGAUUGUUUUAGAUAGUUUCUACAAAUGUUAAUGAUUAACGUGUUAAAUGAUUUUUCUUUUUUUUUUUUUUCUAUUGUCAUACACUACUUCUGUCAUGUGAGUGGAUUAUGAGCUCUCUGAUGUUGAAACAAAAAAACCUCUAUUGCUGUUGGCUCACUUAAGUUUUCAUAUUACCAACUAGAAUAUUCUUGUCUAAAGUGUUUGUUUUUUUUUUUUUUUAAUUUCAUAAAUUUAAUGUAUUUUUUCCCGGUUUAAAGGUUCUAUA